AUGUCCUGGAAAAGUCCUGAAAAUUUGUUUCUGAAAAAGAUUACGAACCUUGAUUGGAAACCAAUGAUUUAUAUGGCUCCUUUAUUUUUCAACAGCACUAUAUAGAGGGUGAGAAUAAUAAAGUGAGGUCUGUUUCUCUGUCAUCUUAUGAGCCAUCUGCAGAGAAGGAUGUUACCCUGCUAAAGAAAAAGAGAGAUAUUUUAGCUGUAUGUCUGGCUCAUUUGGUUGUAGUCUGGACAGUUGCACCUGGAUUACAAUGGACUGUGCUUCACAAAUGGAGUCUUCCCACUGAUGGAGGAGAAGAGUUUGUAAGUGUACAGAUUUUACCAUUGAAAUCUCAUGUUGCUCUUCUGGUUGGAGGGAAUUUUAAUGGCGGAAAUGGGAGGUGAGGAAUAUGAUGGAUUGAAUAAGUGUUUAAAGGAAUUAUUUGGACAAUGUUGGAUUCUGUUUUCAAUGUUGACUUUCAUUCAAUGCAGGAUUCUUGGGUAUUCUGAGCUGGAAGGUGACUAUUCUUUUGAUUUCCAACAGGAUGAUCAGAAAAACACACGUGUCUUUUCAACCAUGUGUUUAUUAUGUGACACAAUGGGAAUGAGUGGCAAUGAAGGUGUAGUGUGUGCUAUUGCAAGUAGAACAUUUCAUGAAGUAACAUUGACCAAGUGGACGUUGGAUGCCAUUUACCUGUCGGUGAAACAGCAACAUUGUUUUGCACCAAUAAUCACUGAGAGUGACUUGACAUCCCUUCACGCUGUUCAAGGUAGCCACUGCCUUCUCCUGGGGACAACAGAUGAUAGACUUUUUCUGUGGUAAGUUCUUGCUCAGGAUAUGAACAUCAUGUCCAGCUGACAGAGCACAAUAAGUCUACAUCUACAUGUACAUUGAAUGAAGUCGGCCAAAUCGCAAGAUA